AUGUCGUUAUUUUGGGAACAGCUUGUUCUUGUAUUUUCCUUUCUUUCUACAUCAUGUUUUCUUUCUCGUCGACGCAAGGCCGGGCGUUUACUAGAGGGGCGUUUGCCACGAUCCAUGUUUGCCACUGCGGGCGGGGGGCGGCACAAGUGGGGCGGUCUCCACCCCCUGCAAUUUCGUUUGGCGUGCGCAGCGUUGCGGUGCCCCUAUGAUCUUCCGGCUGAGGGGGGCCGACGGGGUCGGGCCGAGGGGUCGUCGUGGCUCUCCUCCUUGGCCGUGUCGGAGAAGCAUGGACCAUGCCGCGGGACGGGCGAAGGCGCUCUUCCAAGUUCCAAAAACAUGAAGCCCACCGAGCCGCACGAGGAAACUUCAGGGAAUAAGUUGGUCUUUUUGGUACUUCGUGGCGAAGAAGAAGCGGCGGCCCGCCCCGCGGCACAGGCCCCUAAUGCUGGGGCGAUUCAGUCUACGGGCGGCGCCGCGCAGAGUGAGGCGGACACUUCUCAGACGGCGUCGGAACCCCACGAGGCUGGCGAGGAGCACGGCAGCCACCCAAUACAGCGGGAGCAAGAGUGCGUUUCGCGGAGUGCCGAGGCGAUUGGCGAGGCAAUCAGAACCGGCAAUGCUCGUGCCAUUUGUGCGCCCCACGGGGAAGAGGGCACGACAUCCACGGCAUGCCCCCGAAGCGGGGCGCUACCACAACACAGCCAGCCCACAAAGACUCGCACGUUUUGUAGUGUUGCUGUGGGCCCUGGCGGGGCCCACGGGAACAACAACACUGCCACCAUCGCGCCGGGAUGCGGCAGCGCUGCUGAAACGCCCGCGCCACCGGAGUUGUGUAAAGUGGAGGCGCUGCUUUCAACUACGUUAGAGCGUUUUUGUUCGAAAUUGCAGGGGGCUGCGUCGAAGGCUGCGGCGCUGGACGAGCUGAGCCAGAGGCUUGCAGAAGCCCUGCCCCAGCCUCGGAAGGGCGUGGCAGCAGGGGAGGACAGAGCGGAGCUGGCAAUUCACCUGCACUCCCUUAGGCGCCAAGUGGAGCUUCUAAUGGCCAUUUGGAGUGAAGAAGAGGCGGCGCGCAAGGCUUUGGAGAAGCGCCAGAAGCGGCAGCACGAGGCCGCCGUGAAAGUGGUCCGCGUGGAAAUCGUCCGGGCCUAUGAGGAGACACCCGUGCCGUACAAGAAGAGGGUCUUUACCCCGCUCAAUUUCACGACGCGCCCCCUGCAGCCGCCAACCGCAGAGGCACCCUCGUCAGCCAGCGACUCUCGCAGCACCACCGCGAGUAGUGCAACGCUUUCCUACACGCAGAGCGCCGAGCCGCCCUCCAUGUACUCCGCCGCCUCAGGGCCCGAGUACUCGGAUGACUUCGAGGAUGAGUAG